AGUGAUUCAGUUUGUUUCGAGUGGUUGCAGGAUCGUGAUGUUGAUCCGAGUGGUUAGUUUGUUCCUGAUAGUUGGUGGUGGCAGCUUGGCCGGCAAAGUGGUGCCAAAUAACUAUGAUGUUCGAUUUACGACUGAAAUUCACAGUGGAAGCGAUUCAUUCGAUGGUGUUGUUCAAAUUUGCUUCAACGUUACGGAAGAAGUCGGACAGUUUGAACUUCAGGCGAGAAAUUUUACGAUCAAGGAUGUUACGCUGAAGGAUAAGGAUGCAGUACAUGCGGUGCAAUCAAGUGAACUACCGAACGGGAAUGUAGUUUUGAAAUUGGAAAACCCGCUUCCCGCGGGGAAUUACCUACUGCAGGUCACAUUUAGUGGCACGGCGUCCGAUAACGAUGCUAUGUUCAAAGGAUCGUACCAAAAUAAUGACGGGUCGGUCGGCCACUAUUUGAUGAGCAAACCAAGGAAAUCCGGAUUUCACGAGAGUCCAAGUGCAUUCCCCAACUUCGGCGAGGAACAUAAAUCGACUUUCAAGAUCUCGGUAGUUCAUCACGAAAGUAUCAGAGCAUGGUCCAACAUUCCUUUGAAUGAUCCUCCAGCCAGCCACGAUCGCGAGGGAUACGUCAUUUCAAGCUUCGGAGUAACUCCUGAGAUGCGCGUCUAUGAUGUGGGAUUCUUUGUGGCUGAUUUCGGCACUAAAUACCUAGGUAAAAUGACUGUAGUGGCCCGUGGAGAAAUUCUGGAAUCUUUGGUCUAUGUAACCUCGCUUUGUAACGACCUGGUAAAGAUCAUGGACAAUCAUACCGCUGUAGACUAUAAUGUUCCGGACUACACAUUGAUCGUCAUCCCACACAAGCUUUCUUGUUCCAAUUUCACGGAGUUUGAGCGACAGUUCGUCAAUGAGCAAUCCAUGAUGUACAACCCGGAAGAGGAUGACUUCAACCAAUUAGCCAAAUUCUUGAAAUCAGCCGGCAACAAGUUGAUGCUCCAGUGGUUCGGAAAUUUGAUAGACCCAGAAGAAGAGAGACUCCUUGAAGCGUUUGCGAACGUUUAUACUUAUUUUAACGCCGAAAAGAUUUAUCCCAAAGAGUUCAUGAUGAUGCACUACCAGGUAGAUGUCGUACAACGAUCACUAUUACGCGAUUAUAAGCGACCGAGUAGUGUUCUGAACAUGUUUUGGCUGAUCGUAUUGGAUAUCAAGUGGGAUACUGUUAUGAAGAAAUUGUCGAAGAACAGGCAACCCCGUACCUUGACGUCGGCACAGUUGUGUUCGGAGGCUCAAACCUUAUGGAAGGAUGACUACAAUCUUCCGGAAGGCAUGACACUGGAGGCCAUUUUCAACCAGUGGAUGUAUAGCGAUGAAGAUCCCCCUUUGCUGAAUGUGCACCGGACUUACUCGGAUGGAAACGUGAUCCUUUCACAAAACGUUUCACAGAAGAUCCUUCCGUACAACUUUGCUACAGAGCCAUCGCACUUUGAUCAGUUGGGGCCGUUCCAGUGGCUUACUGGACCCAACGAGACUGUUCAAUUCGACGUUUCGAACGAUCACUGGAUCAUCUUCAACAAGGAGCAAUUUGGAUUCUAUCGGGUUAACUACGACGAACGCAACUGGGAACUGAUCGUUCGAGGUCUCCAGUCGAAUGCUUCCAGUAUUCAUCGAGUGAGUCGGAUGCAGCUAUUGGACGAUGCUUUGAACUUGGUCAAGGAUGAUUUGCUAGAUGUUUCGGUAUUGUUAAACUUGUUGACGUACCUUAGGAAUGAAACGUGUUACGACGUGUGGUAUGACGCAUAUAUUGUAUUGAAAAGUUGGUAUUAUCGCGAAAUUGAACCACCGCAGGUCGUUAAGGAUUUCUUCUUACAUCUCAUUGAGCCGUAUUAUCAAAGUUUCACAUCACAGGGCAUCAAGAGCAGUACACCGCAAAUGGAACUUCAUAUACAUUCGGAUAUAGCUGGUCUUGCUUGUUGGCUCGGUAAGAAGGAUUGUUUAGAACAAGCUCGAUCUCGAUUCCAGCAGGCAGUAGCCAAAAACGCACCCGUUGAGCCAAAUUGGUCUCGAGUGACCUACUGUUACGGACUGCAGAAUGCAACUGAUGAGGAGAUGGAAUGGUUACUUAUCAAGCUUAACAAACAGCAUUCUUGUUCUGCGAGUGUACUAAGCUGCGUUGAUAACGAGAAGCACCUACGACGAGUACUGGUGGAAUUGAAGGAAAAAUCCAACCCUGAAUCGAUGACCGCUUUUGUGAAAGCACUAGAUGAGAAGGGUUUCAACAUGCUUCACUCUUUGCUGAAAAAUGAACCGGAUCUUGUGCAAACUUUGGGAUCUCCAACGCUCGAGUCUGCCCUCGAACGUGCCUCGAAGAGUACAAAGAGCGCAAAAACACUUAAGUUGAUUGACGAUCUGGAGGCUUCCCUUGGUCUUCAUGUCGCUGGUAAAGGUUCCGGAUCGCGGGACAUAAACAUCUGGGACAAGCCGGGAGCUGUCGACUUUAUUGAACGCUAUAUGAAACAGCAGGAAAGUCGUUAAAUAUUCUUGAGAUUAUAAUAGUUGUAAAAGUAAAUAAGUUUAUCACUUUGGGCUAUGAUUUUGAUGGAUAAAGGACUUUAUUCAUAACCUAUGUUUUAU